CUUUACGUUCUGCCCACUGUGUGCCUGCCGUUGCCAUGUGCCGCUAAACUCCUCCCUGCGCAGCUGAAGCCCAGCGGGCUCUACCCACCCGCCUCCUCCUCGCGUUCGGCAUUGUCUCUCCAUCCUCACAUCUCUGCUGCAGCAAAAGGGAUGGCAAUGUGGGCUCCGAAGCAGCGUGCAUUUACACCCGUCACUCAAGCGCAUUCGGGGCACUAGCGGAUUUUUUGUUUCACUCUUCAGCCCGGACGACAUGCCGAAAACGAAUACCGGCUAAACUCGCACUUGUCAUCCGUGUGUGAAAUUCUGCGACAAGUCAAGUGCCCGGGGCUCCCCUGCUUUGCUGCAAGUGGCUUUUCUAUGAGUUUUCUAUGAGUUUUCUAUGAGCUGGGUGUCUUCCGUCUCUUCUGGGUAUCUUCUGGGAUGUCUGCUCUGGGGUUGCUGAGCCUCCUGUGCUGCGCUGCUCUCACGUGCGGCACCGCGGGCGACCCGGGCCACGGGGAGCGGUUCGGGGAACGGUACGACACACCCGAGGAAGAAGCGGACAAUCAGCACGACGUUUUGUCCCAGCUGCUGGGUGACUAUGAGAAAGUGAAAGCCGUGUCUGAGGGCUCUGACUGUGCCUGUAAAUGUGUUGUCAGGCCGCUGAGCCGCAGCGCCUGCCAGCUGAUGGAGCGUGAGGGCAGCGCGCAGCCCGAGGACUUUUACACGGUGGAGACCGUAACUCGGGGCUCCGACUGCAAGUGCGCGUGCAUCGCCCCGCCCUCCGCGCUCAAUCCCUGCGAGGCCGAGCUCAGGCUCAAGAAGCUCCGCGAUGCUGGGCAAAACGGUGUUAAGCUGUCAACCGUUAUGGAGUUACUCGAGGGCUCCUUUUAUGGAAUGGAUCUGCUGAAGUUACAUUCAGUCACAACAAAGCUCCUGAAUCGUGUGGAAAACUUAGAAAAGCAAGUAGUUUCUGAAAACCACAUGAAAGAGACAGUAAAUUUGAAGGAGACCUUUUACAAAGAAAAACAGUUAAAAGAGAGCCAGUCCCACCAGCACGUGGAGAAGAAGAAGCACAUCACUGAACUUGGAGACACGGCUGCGGCCUUUGUGCGCACAGAGAAAAAAUAUGAAGAAAAGUUUGUAGGUAAUCAUGGGUAUGUUCAGCCCCAGCUGAAGAGAAGUCGGUCCAGUCCACCAGUGGAGCCCAAAAGGAUGUUGGAAGAACAGCAGAUAACGAAGCAUAUGAGGACACGUCCUCAUGGAACAGUCGUCAGAGGAAUAACCUUUUACAAAUCCAACACUGUGGAGGAGGCAGACCCAGACGAGCACUUAGUUGAAGCUGAAGUUCUGAGUGGCGAUGGCUCUAUUGACCUGUUGAUUGAAGAUCAGCUCCUUGAGCACAAGGUUCCAACCCUCAAGACUCACUGGAGGACUAAGCCAGGAACCACUCCUUUUGUUGCUGUCAACACACAGGCAGGGGGGACUCAAAGUGCUCAUUCGACCCAGGCUCCCAGAACUGAGCCUGCAGCUGUGACAAUGCUCCCUGAACCUCAGCCGGCUUAUGCGAUAAACUCUGUAGCUACCAUGGAGAGUGUUGCUUGGGGGACAUCCUUGAAUACAGAGGCUGCCACCACUAUGACCUCUGCAACCCCUACUACCACUGUGCCUCUUACGCCUACUGCCACUCUUACAUCCACCACACCAACCACAAGUUCUACACCUACCACCACUAACACACCAAUGAUGCCUAACACACCUAAUAUUGCUAUAGCACCUACCACACCUGCCCACACUGUGGAAGCUGCCAUUACUGUUGAAACCACUGCUCCAGCAACAACAACCAGAGCAACAGAGCCCACCAUGCCUCAGCUGACUACUUCUCUAACAACAAUGCAGAAUCACAUAACUAUCCCAGUUGCUUCACCAACCAGAGCCCCCUCAAGAUCUAGGUCAGGUAAAAGCAAGUAUAGCAUCAGCUGGACGGAGAGUGCCUCUCAGGAAGAACUGCAGCAGGGUCCCACAGAGACUCCAGGUGAAUGUAAAGACACUUUGGCAACAAUUUCUGAACCUGUCACUCACAACACUUACGGUCGCAGUGAAGGAGCCUGGAUGAAAGACCCCGGAGCUCAAGAUGAUAAGAUCUAUGUCACCAACUAUUAUUAUGGGAACAAUCUUCUGGAAUUCCAAAACAUGGAGGUCUUCAAACAAGGGCGCUUCACCAAUUCCUACAAACUACCGUACAACUGGAUUGGUACGGGUCAUGUAGUGUACAAUGGAGCUUUUUUCUACAACCGGGCCUUUUCUCGUGACAUCAUAAAAUUUGACCUGCGAAGACGGUACGUGGCAGCAUGGACCAUGCUUCAUGAUGCAAUUUUUGAGGAGGCCACACCCUGGAGGUGGAGGGGGCACUCUGACAUUGACUUUGCAGUGGAUGAGAGUGGGCUGUGGGUGGUCUACCCUGCAAUGGAUGAAGAGGGCUACCACCAAGAGGUGAUUAUGCUGAGCAAACUGAACCCCGUUGACCUGACCAUACAGAAGGAGACUUCCUGGAGGACUGGACUUCGGAAGAACUUCUACGGGAACUGCUUUGUGGUCUGCGGUGUCUUGUAUGCCGUGGAUAAACACGACCAGAUGAACGCAAACAUCUCUUACGCUUUUGACACUCAUACUCACACUCAAAUGGUUCCUAGGCUUCCUUUUGUAAAUAACUAUAACUACACCACACAAAUUGACUACAACCCCAAGGACCGUCUUCUGUAUGCAUGGGACAAUGGCCAUCAAGUUACUUACAAUGUAAUAUUUGCAUACUGAGAAGAUAUUCCUAGAAAGGAAUAAGUACAGCAAUAUUUUUCAGUAUGAAAAAACAAAAAGGUUAAUGUGGAUUGUAGAUCAAUCUACAUCAUGUGUGGAGUAGCAACCUUUUUAUAGCUUAAUGUUAUUGGUUUAUUUUAAAUUGAUAAAAUCAUCAGCUAUUAAUCCUUGUUUUUACUGACUCCAGAAACAGCUGAAACUAAAUCUUUUAAAGCAUGACAUGGCUUUUUUUCUGCCUACAACUGCAGUACAUACUGUAUAUAUUGUGAUAUGUAAAAUACAAUUGAAUAUAUGAACAGUGCAGCAUUACUGAAGUAGCUGUUCCAAGAGCAAUGAAAAUGUAGGAGAUAACCACCAACUCUGAGAACUUUAAAAUAGUCAAAUACAUUUUUUUAGUAGACAUCACACUUACUUAGCAUGUUCACCACAAUAGAAAAAGACAGUGAAAAGACCGCUUGUAUGAUAUACUUUAUUUUUGUAUUUUUUUUUAUAAAAUUCUUUACAUGGCUUUAAAAUAUUAGCAAUUUUUAUGAUGCACUUACUUUGCUUUAGAUGUGUCAGUUUGCUUUGAACAACCUGAAAUAAAAAAAAGCUGAAAUGCCUGUUUCUUCUUGGGCUCCAGGGCUACAAAAAUAAAUGUAUAAAUCAUAAAAGGAUGUAAUUUCCUCUGACUAUGUGCUACAGCCUAAACAAACUAGUUAGGUAAGUUCCACACUGGGCAGUAAAAGAAAACAAGAGAAAACCUCCAUGCUCCAAAGCUGAAAUGGGUGCUUUGCUUUUGGCAUUUUUAAGCUUCAUGUCCUCCACCUUAAGAACCCUAUAAACACCACAGUUGUGAUUUUCAUAUUUGAAUGUAACAGGAGGAGCACGUCUUUUGAAUUCCGCUCAGUAGGGGUUGCACAGACUAAUCGACCAGUCGAUUUGUCAACUUUACUGCGCCGCGAUGACGCCUUAACCUUGACGUCGACUAGUCGCUGAUCACGUGAUGAUGAUACAAACAACAUGGACGCCUCCGAAAAGACAACAGGUGAAGAGCCUGGUGGGUCAUUGCAGCAAACCAGCAGCUUUUUGUUUCUGAGCAUGCACACA